AUGUUCGUCGAGAUAAAUGCUAAAGCUUUAACGAUCACAUAUUCGGAUUGUACUGGUAUCAAUGAAGUUCCUGAACAAAUUGGACCCGUUAUAGAUGAAAAUGAAAAUAUUCAUUAUAUGACUAGAGUUCAAAAUAAUGAUCCUAUUGCCCAAAGUUGGUUGAAAAGUUUAGGACAAGAACGAUCAAUAUUGACAGAUUUUCCAGAAGGAUAUUUAUUAUUUAAACACGAAAAGGUAUUUAGAGAUAAGGAACAAUCAGUAGCUAACUAUUACCUAUUUGGAAAUUUUAGAUAUAAAUCCAUUAAUUCAUUUUUGCCACAUUUAUUUUGGUUGAUAUCAAAUAAAUCACGAAAUUGUAAAUGUCAUUUUUGUAUAUCCAACAAAAUUGAAGAAAAUAUUGAAAAAGAAAUUGCCGAAAGGAAAAAUGUGAAUUUAAAAAGUAUUAAGAAUAAUAAUGACUACGAUAAUGUAAAUAAUAUUAAUUAUGAUAAAUUGGAACUCUUUAAUUUCGAAACGAAACGAAAUACGACAAUGUAUAGAUGCGGAGAAAUUGUUUGGGUUGAUAUUAAAAAGUUAAAUAAUGAAAAAUUAACUCAAUUAGUGGAAUCAGCAACGAGACCAAUAUCAACAGAAAUAACAUCAGCUGCACAAGCGAUAUCGAUGAAAUCGGAAACGUCAGCUACGCAAGCGAUAUUGAUGAAACCAGAAACAUCAGCAAUAUCAGAAACAUCAACAUUAUUAGAAACAUCAACAUCAGCGACAUCAACAACAUCUACAUCAACAACAUCAGCGGCAUCAACAACAUUAACUACUCCCGAAACACCCGGUACACCUAAUACAACCGCAUCUGAUACACCCGAUACGAUGGAUAUUAGAUAUUGGCCAGGGAUUGUAUUAGAUCGUAUAAAAUGUUCUGACCUCAAUUAUUCAACAACAUCAACUACCUCAGGUGAUAGUUCGGAUACCUCUAUGGAAAUUGAUACUCCGAAUACUUCGUUUUCACUUGAAUCUUCAGGAUCACCUAAUAAAAAUAGUGAAAAAAGUAAAGAUUAUAUUCCCUCGCCAAUGGAUUUACCCGAAUGUUAUGUAUUAAUUCCUAAUACGAAAUUUUCGAAAGAACUUCCCAUACCUGUCAAUAAUUCAUCAAGCCUUCACGAAGAUGAAUUUCCAAUAUUAGAUCCUUAUUCACCAAUAGAUACAUAUUCCACAAAACGUUGUAAAGUUAUCUAUGUGAUUGAAUUAUUAGAAAUAUGUGAAAGAUUGGAAAUAAGUAGUAAUAAUUUAUUUCCAUGGCCAUUACAUCAACCUGGUAUUUUGGGAGAUGAUUAUUUGAAUUACGAUACGGCUCUUAAUGAAGCAAAUAUACUCUCUCAAACAUUUACUACAUUAAAUGCUUAUCAAGAAGAUAUAGUAGAUUAUAAUGUAGUGAUAGAAAUGUUAAAACCCAAUGAAAGAAGAAGAUUAAAAGAAAAAGUUAUUUAUUUUGAAGCGGUAUUAUUUGGUAACGAAUUAUUUUGUAAUGGAGAUAUAAUACGAUUAACUCCAUGUGAUGAAAAUCCUACUUAUGAAGAUUAUCCGGAUCCUAAAUAUUUAUAUUUAAAGGACAUUUGUGAAACGAACGAUGGAAUUCAAAUAAUUGGAGAUGGAUUAAUUCGUCGAAAAUUAAUUACCGAAAAAAAUGGUAAACCAAAUUACGAAUGGUAUAGAAUUAAUUUACCUGAAGAAGAAUAUAAAAUAGAUUUAGGAGAUGUGGCAGGAAGAUAUUAUGUGGAUUUUCCUGAUCUGGAAAGAAUUAUGUAUUGUUCACGUACAAAGACGUUUAAAGAACGUUGGAGGAGUCAAAAUUUCUAUAACACCAUAAUGAAUACGAUGAAUGUUUCUCCGACAGUUUAA